AUGGACAUGGCGGCAACAGCAGCGGCAGAGCAGCGGCCGGUCACGCCCAGGUCCUCCACUCUUCCAAUUCCGUCCGCCCCUGAACACUCGCCCGCGUUGGGGUUGCUGGAGUUGCCAAGAGCGUCAACCUCCGGCGCUGCGCCGCCGUCAGCAGCUGCCGCCGCCGCUGCACGGGGAAGCGCGCCGGGAAAGGAGCUACGCAAUUCGCCAUUUGAGGCGCCUCAAAAGUCGCCGUCAGCAACUGCCCCCGCCGCCGCUGCUCGGGGAAGCGCGCCGGGAAAGGAGCCACGCAAGUCGCGAGGCGGCUCGAUGCUGCUCGAUGAGAUGCUGCUGGAGGGGCCUCCGCUGGCAGCCAAGGCAGGGCUCGACCGGGGGAGGUCGUAUUCGAGGGGAGGGUUAUCCGCUGCUCUCGCUGCCGUGGCGGAUGAAGCGUCUGCUGCCGCCGCCGCUGCUACUGCUGCUGCUGGUGGUGGGGGUAUGGGCGGUAUUGCUGCUGCUGGUGGCUUGAGAGAGUCCCACCGCAAGCCCCUUCUUGCUCGCCACCGCCACCGCUCCGUCUCCAUGACCGCUGCUGAAAUCGCCAGACUUGCUGUUGAAGACGCGGGUUCGAAUCCUGCUGGAGAACGCAGCCCCAGCCGCCACAUCCACCCUCCCCGCAGCAGCUCUCCCCACGCCAUUCAGGCAGGCAGCAGUCCUUCACGUCCCUUCAAUGCUCCUGUUGCGAAGCAAGUCUACGAUUACCCUCUUCGUGGCUUUAGCGCGGAUGGAGAAGGCGCCGUUGAUGCUGGCGGCUCUGAGUAUCAGAGCGGCGCUGCUGGGAGGAGUAACGCCACCGCCCUUGGUGUUGCGACUGGGAGAACGGCCCGGAACAAGUCAGGAAGGGAGGAGCUGGUAUGGCCGACCCAGCACCAGCAGCAGCACCUUCACCAGGAGCAGCCGGAGGAGGAAGAGGAGGAGGAGGACGAGGAACAGCAAGCGGAGGAGGAACAACAGGAGGAACAGCAGGAGCAAAGGGGCCAGCAGCAAAGGCAACAACGCUCUGAUAAUUAUUACCGGGCGAAUGAGCAUCGACCAUCCCAACCAUCCGCAACAUCAAAGCAGUAUCGACUGUCCCGUCAUGGCCAUGCUCGGUCCGCCUCAGGUCCCGUCUCCUUCCUUGCUCUCCCCUCCUCUCCCUCUCCCUCACCCCCGCGCCGGGCGGCUCCCACUAGCCGCCUUGCCCAAUCCGCAUCGUCCGCUGCUUCACAAGGCGAUCACAAGCCACAGCAGAAUCAUCAGCAGCAACAGUGGGAGCAGCAGCAGCAGCAGCAGCAGCAGCAGCAGCAGCAGCAGCAGCAGCAGGCCGUGUAUGGGCGUAGUAACCGAAAGGGGAAUUUACUGAUUAGCAGUGAGCAGGGACAAAGGGACGAGGAUGAGGGUGAGAGCGAAGGCGAGGGCAGGGGAGAGUGGGCGGCAGGGGACGCGGAGUGGGAAGGGGAAACGCCCAAGGACCGCACAGAGCAGUACCAAGAGUGGGAGGACUCGAGACCCUGUGGCCAUGGCCCCAAACCUGCUGCUUCCUUAGACCAAGGGCAUCCCUCCCAGAUCCACCACCUGGCCCACACUCACCACCAGCAGCAGCAGCAGCAGCAGCAUCAGCGGCAGCAGCAGCAGCAGCAGAAACGCCAACCCCUGCGUGCAGUGAAGGUCCCUUUGCAUGGUCGCCCCCGUCGCACCAUGUCCGCCCUGCCCUCUGCCGUCCUCAGCAGCGAUUUCUCCUGGGAGAGUGGCCGCACGGCUGCACUCUCUCGCCUGCGAAACUCCUCUGUGGGCUCCCCUUGCUCCCCCACUCACGCCCACUUUCACGCCCACACUAACUCCCACUCGCAGGCCCACUCUCUCUCCCGCCCUCGUUCCCACUUCCGUUCGCCCAGCUGUGAUGUACCGUUUGACUGCCAGCAGAAAUUCUCCUCAGAAUUCCCUGAAGGUAGGAGCUAUAAUCGCCAUAGGUGUUCCCCUGCUAAUAGCACAGCAGGUGAUGGGGCCGGAAGGGAAAGACAGGAGGAGGAUGAGACAGACGAAGUGGAGGAGGGAGAGACGGAAGGCGCAGUGCAAAGGGAGCGUUUACACGAGUCGGAUCUAUAUGGGAAUGACGAUGCUAUGGAUGACGUCACGAAUGAGGCAUGGAGAGGGGUGGAGGCACAGAGGGAAGAGAGGGCGAUGAUGUCAGCAGCAGCAGCUGCCAUGCUGGACCUGGAGCUGUCUGACUCAGCAGUGGAUUCUGCCAUGGAGGAUGAAUGGAUAGGUUCAGGGCUAGGGAAAGGGGGCCAUGGGGAUGCUUAUGGUUCUGGCGAUUCUCGUCGUUUGGGUGGUGGUGGUUCUGGUGGUUCUGGUCGCUUUGGGAAUUCUUAUAGUGGUCUGAAGAUGGGCGGAGGCGAGAGGGGAACCUCACAGAGGGAUGUGGGGUAUGGUGAGGCGAGGGAGGAGGGGGUGUUGCAUGGGACGAGGAUGCGAGCAAGUAGGCUGCAACCGGGGCGUGCACAAGGCUUGACACCGAGCCACCUUACAAUGGCACAAGGCUUGACGCCGAGCCACGUCCCAACGGCACAAGGCCUGAGGCCAGGGCACGUUCGGAGCAGGUCAGCAGGCCAUGCCCUCGGGCACAGGGAGGUGGGUGGUCGUCUGGAGGGCAUGAAAGAGGUUCAAAACGAUGUGGAGGAGUACAAAGAGUUGGGCGAUGGGUACUCUCAAGACCAGGACCAAGAGGGUGCGGAGGAGAGUGGAAAUAGUUUCAGAGGAAGCAGAUUUGAAGGAAGGGGCAUUAGAGACGCGAUAAUGAUCACCCCUGUGGUGCAGUCUGGUGCUGAGGAGUGGCAGAGUGAGGGGCCUUGUGCGUUGGCUGGAAUGGGCUUGGAUGGGCAUGAAAGUGACGGUCGAAUGGAUUUUGAGAAUUCUCGAAAAGAUAAUUCUCAAAAAACAUACACUGGAAUGGGCUUGGAUGGGCAUGAAAGUGACGGUCGAAUGGCCAGACCCUUCACCCCUGUGAGGCGGCCGGGGCAGAAGGAGAAUUCGGAGCAGCAGGAGCAGCAGGAUCGGCAGGAGCGGAGGGAGCGGGAGGAACAGCAGGAAAGGAAGGAACAGCAGGAGAGGCAGGAACGGCAGGGGAAGAAAAGAGAAGUCGCUAGGGGUAAUAGCAGACGGGAAGAGGGAGAGGGAAGCAAGGGCAAGAGUAGAGGGGAGAGAGAAGAGAAGAUCCGAGGUAAGGGCUGGCGGAGUAAAAGCGUAGGCGGGGGGGUUGGAGAGGAGAGAAUGUUGGGUGGCUGGGGGCGGCAGGAGGAGAGGGAUGGGCGCAAGGUGGGGGAGAGGGGGAGUGGGAAGGGGAAGGCGGAUGGCGAGGAGGUGAGAGUGAAGGGAAACUGGAAGGCGGAUGAAGAGGAGGUGAGAGAAGCUUGGGACGCAGUAGGAGUAAUGAUGAAGGGAGGGGUGGAAGGGCGGAGACGGAAGGAUAUGGGAAGAGAGGAGAGGGGAAAGGGGCAGGAGAAGGAGGAGGUAAGGCGAGGUGGAGCAGAUGCGGUUUAUGCUGUUCGUGGGAGUGAGAAGGGAAUUGGUACUGCAACGGGGAGUGACUGGAGUGAGGGGAGCAGCGAGAAUGGAGAAAUACUCGUCAUUCCCCCACACAUUGCCGAUUUUCUCAACACUGAUCCUGCUGCAGAUAACGACAAAGAUUCAACCACUGUAGCUCCUGGUCCCACCGUUCGAGCUUGUACCAAACCCGGGGCAGCUACUAACGGGGCUGCUGGGGGUCCUAAGGCUGUUUCCUCAGCAGGGCAAGAUGGGGAGGUGACUUUUGAGCCACCUCAAAAGUCUGAGACAGUCCGAAGCAGCAAGGCUGCUGCCCUCGCAGGGCAAGAGGGGGAGAUGGGCAAGAGCUUGAUUGUGAAAGAACGGGCUAUGAGGAAGGGACCUCUGGCUGGGGCACUGGCAGGUGUUGAGAGGGGUGGGGAGGAGGAUAGAGGGAGGGAUGGAGGAGAUGGGGGCAGGGGACAUGGGAAAGAUAAGGGCUGGGGAGUUGGAAAAGUUGUGUAUGGGGAAGAGAGUGGGAAAGGUGGUAGCAGGAGGGUUGGGAAGGGAGGGUUUGUGAAAUCUGCUACUGUGCAGGAUAGGCAGAGGAGGGGAGCAGGGGGCGACGGAACUGGCAGCAUAAAUGGGAAGGGACAGGAGAAGGGGCAGGAGAAAGGGCAGGGCAAGGGGCAGGGGAAGGGGAUGGUGUGGGGAAGGAUGGCGAGUGUUCAAGUGCUUGGGAGAAAGUACACUGGAGGGGGGCUUGAUGGAUGGGGGUCGGUUGGUUCGAGCUCGGAGUCAAUGGGCUCAGGGAAGGAGGGAGGAGAAGGGAGGGAGGGGAGAAAAGGGCAAGGAAAGGAGGGCAAGGAGGGGAAGGACGGGAAGGAGGAUAAGGAGGGGAAGCCGAGGAAGGAGGAGGAGGGGAAGAAAGGGCGGUAUCCUCGGUCGGGAUCGAUUGGGUCUGGUGAAUGGAGGGAGGAACUGAAGAACGACCGGCGAGAAGGGCAGAGAAAGGAGGGGAAGGAGAGGAAGGAGGGGAGGGAUGAAGGAGAGGGGAAGGAGAGGAGGAAAGGGCUGUUUCCUCGUGUUGGGUCUAACGACGGGGAAGAAGGUUCUCGGAAGGAGAGUUCGGCAGUGUUGUCGCUGUUUGGAAAGAUGGCAACUGGUAAAUUCGUGAAAGCUGAGAAGCCCUCUGAGAAAGCAUCUCCUCAGCGUGAUCGCCCUCCCCAUGAGCAGCUGCAGCAGGAGCAGCAAGGGGAGGAGGAGAAGGAGGAUGGUGAAGGAGGGGCUGAAAUUGAGGGUGGGAGGGCAAGGGAUGGGGAGAUGCAGAAGAAGACGGGGCCAAAGCUUCUUCUCAAGCGGCCCCUGGCUCUCCUCCACAAGGGAAAAGCAGCCAGAGGAGGGGCAAACACUCCCCUCGAAACAGUGUGCCAUUCCCCCGUUGCGCCGCACACACUCGCCACGCCGCUGCGCGCCGAUUCGCGCACGCGGAAAGGCGCGGUUGCAGCGUUUGUCGUGCCUCGAUCCGCAUCGAGAGUGAAGCUCGAUACCUACGUGGCGAGCCGCGCGCACGUGGGCGCGAAGCAGCUGAUGGGACAGAGCCUCCAGUCGGCGACGGAAGUGCUGCGAUCACGACACGUGGCGGAAUCGUGCGGAAGACGAGGAGUCGUCGAGAUGGUCAUCCCAUUCCAAAAGGGCGAGGCGACACAGCAGCCGCCACCCGACCUGCCAUCGUAUCUGUUCAAGAACCGCAUUGUGUUCCUGGGCAUGUCACUCGUGCCCUCCGUCACUGAGCUCAUUAUGGCGGAGCUGCUCUACCUGCAGUACGACAGCCCGGAGAAGCCGAUUUAUAUGUACAUUAAUUCCACAGGCACUACCAAGGACGGGGAGAAGCUGGGGUACGAGACAGAGGCGUUUGCCAUCUAUGACACCAUGCGCUACGUGAAGCCACCCAUCUUCACACUCUGCGUCGGGAACGCGUGGGGGGAGGCGGCGAUGCUGCUGUCUGCAGGAUCUAAGGGCAACCGGUCGGCGCUGCCCUCCUCCUCCAUCAUGCUCAAGCAGCCCAUCUCACGGUUCCGCGGGCAGGCGACUGACAUUGAUAUCAUGCGCAAGGAAGUGCGAAACGUGAAGGGUGAACUGGUGAAAUUGUACUCGCGGCACACAGGCAAGUCAGAGGAGACGAUCGAGAAUGACAUACGGCGUCCCAUGUACCUCACACCUGACGCUGCCGUGGAAUAUGGGAUCAUUGAUAAGGUUCUCGACACGGAUGCGAAGAACGACAGUGUUGUCGAUUCCCUUCGCAAACGGCAGCUUAUCUAG